CCCAGCGGGAGCCAGCAUGGCGUCUGAGCGUAAAACUAAGUUGUCCAAGAAUUUGCUGCGUAUGAAGGUCAUUCAAAGAGGACCGGACUCAGAAACUAAGAAACAACUAGAAGAGGAAGAAAAGAAAAUCAUUAGUGAAGAGCAUUGGUACUUGGAUUUACCAGAGCUUAAAGAGAAAGAGAGUUUCAUAAUAGAAGAGCAGAGUUUCUUGUUAUAUGAAGAUCUUCUCUAUGGAAGAAUGUCAUUCAGAGGAUUUAAUCCUGAGGUUGAGAAAUUAAUGCUUCAGAUGAAUGCUAAGAACAAAGCAGAAGAAGUUGAAGAUGAAACAGUGGAGCUUGAUGUAUCAGAUGAAGAAAUGGCUAAAAGAUAUGAGACCUUGGUGGGGAUAAUUGGAAAAAAGUUUGCCAAGAAAAGAGACCGUGCCAAUUAUGAAGAAGAUGAAAAUGGAGACAUAAAACCAAUUAAAGCAAAGAUGUUCUUAAAGCCCUAAGAUUAAAAUGUAUGCCUUAAGAUAUGGCUCAGAGAUGCCUUGUGAGAGUUAACAUAUUUUGGAACUGAUUUCAUUGGUUUCUCUAUAGUUAUUAAUAUUGUAAUGUUUAUUUGUAAAGAAAUGUAUAAUUUUGGAAACAUGCUGUUUUUGAAACAGAUGUAUGAUGGAUGUUAUACAUCCUUUGCUUAAUAUGGUAUUC